GAGUGAGAACAUCAGCCGGAUUAGAAUGAAGAAACCACUGGAGAUCUGAGCUGAGAAUCAGAAUCAGGACAAGCUUGACAUCAGAUGAAUUCCCUCAUCGGUGUCUGCGUCAGAAGAACCCUGAAGUCAUGAGUGAAGUGAGUGAAAAACCCAAACUCACUUCAGCGUCCAGAGGAAGCUUCCUCCACCCCGGACCACGACCGGACCACCACGCUUCAGCCAUCAAACCCAAACUGAGACCCAAGCCUCUCGUCCUUCCACCAGUUCCUGCGCUUCCGCUCAUAGGUCCCAGCAAAGCCCGACAGCCGCACACCAGCUGGGUUCACAGCGCCAAACAGAAAGAAGAGGCCGGUGUUAAACGCUGCCGGACCCCCGACGGGACCUCCUUUCUGUCUGCCGUCAUUGAGCAGACCUCGAAGCUGUAUGGAGACAGAUCCUCCUGGACACCUGACACUCAUUCUGUGACAUCACAUCCACACACAAAUACACAGUCAACACAGAGCAUCAUGAUGUCAUCGGCCAAGGGUGAGGUGUUCGAGCGGCUCAGCAGCUCAUCUAAACACGCUCAGACUGUUGCCAAAGCCAAAUACCAGUUUCUGUUUGGAAAUCCAGAAGACACAAGCACAUCAGACAACGUGGUCGUCUCUUGGUCUCCAGCACUGGAGGAAAGCAGCACGGGCCUUGAUUCUGCUGUAGAAGAUGAGGAGGACAUCGACGAGACCUCACUCUUCCAGGAGAUUGACAGGGAGCUGUCUAACCUGUUGAGCGGCCUGACCGCUCGCUGUCAGCAUGCUGUGGCCCAACAGAGCGAGACGUCAGGAGACGCCACCACUUCGCCCAUGAUCCCCUGCCACGAAGACAACGGGACGCCAUCUCAGCCGGAUAUGGCCAAUCAGGGCGUAGACCUCCAGAACGGUCAGCCCGAGUCUCUCCUGACGUCUAGCCUGCUGUUUGACUCGUGGUGCGAGGCGCUCAUAAAGGACCCCAGCUCCGUAGUGCCCACCGCAGGAGAGCUGACCUGUUUCAGCGCUGGAGACCCCGGGAGCCAAAAUAAACCCGACGUCAGCCCGGCGCAAGGAGAGCACGCCGGAAACGUGCCCGGCCUCGCUGGAGACCCCUCGACGGGACUCUUAGACGAGUCUCUAGAGGAAUCCAGUAAAAUCCUGGCUGAAGUCCCGGGCAUCUUCAGCGCCUUUCUGGACGGAGGCAAGCAGCGGGAGAAGCCGGGGAAGAAGCUGCGCUUUGAGGCGAGUCUGGUGAACGGAGAAGCGCAGGACGGAGCAGAAGUGCGCUGUAAUGUGAAAGAGGAAGUGACGCAGGACACACAUCGAACAGAAACCACAGGAACAUCAGAGGAACCUGAACACAAACCAACACAACACAGCUCAGACAGGUGUUCAGAAGGUCAAUCCAGUGAGAUCGACACCACUGAUGUCUUCAGCUGUCACUUCGAGACCAUCCUGGAGUCAGAGCGACUGUGUGGGACUCUCUACAGCAGCAUGGACUCUCUGGACACCCUGUCCAACCCCGUGCCUAAACCCGGCUGUCAGAAUCCCCUUGAACCCUCCUUCGCUUUCGAUAUCCCCCUGACGCCCAUGAUCCAGCAGCGACUGAAGGACAGAAGUCUGUUCCUGGACCCCGGCUCAGACCCUGAGGUGUUGAGCGUCACCGCCACACAGACGAGCGGCCGGCCGGCUCUGGAGGUGACCUCAUCGUCUCUCUCGGCCGGCUGCGAGGAUGCCAGCGCGUCGGGUCACGGCGGGUCAGCGCUGGUGAACGGCCUGAUGAAUGAGAAAGACCCCAGAGAUUGGCUGCAGGGCUGUCUAAGCAGCGAUGCAGGGCUGAAGGACACGCUGACGGACUGGGACUCGGUCAUGGAUGGAGACGAAUGUGUUAAAGACACAGAUGUUCUCCACAACGGAAGUCGCAGCGACCAAGAAGCCGCCCAGCGCCUGGCCAGACGUCUCUACCACCUGGAGGGCUUUCGUCGCUCGGAUGUCGCCAAACAUCUGGGCAAGAACAAUGACUUCAGUAAGAUGGUGGCAGAAGAGUACCUCACAUUCUUCCAGUUUACAGGCAUGACAUUGGACCAAUCUCUCAGAUGUUUUCUGAGAGCGUUCUCACUGAUUGGUGAAACUCAGGAGAGAGAGCGGGUGUUAAUUCAUUUCUCUGAGCGCUACUAUCAGUGUAACCCCACCAUCAUCACCACACAAGAUGGAGCUCAUUGCCUUACGUGUGCGCUAAUGCUGCUCAACACUGACCUUCAUGGCCCUAAUAUUGGAAAGAAGAUGACGUGCCAGGAGUUCAUCAAUAACCUGGACGGGCUCAACGGAGGACAAGAUUUCCCCCGAGAACUGCUGAAGUCGUUGUAUAACUCCAUCAAGAAUGAGAAGCUGGAAUGGGCCGUUGAUGGAGAUGAGCUGAAGAAGUCUCUGUCUGAGCUGGUGGAUAAGAGCGAUCACACUCGCACUAAGAGCAUCAGUCGCAUCAGCAGCGGCAGUAACCCGUUUCUGAACAUCGCUCAUGACCCCAACGCUGCCGUCUACAAAACCGGUUUCCUGGCCCGCAAAAUCCACGCUGACAUGGACGGCAAGAAAACACCGAGAGGCAAGAGAGGCUGGAAGACCUUUUAUGCAGUUCUCAAAGGCAUGAUCCUGUAUCUGCAGAAGGACGAGUAUAAGGCGGAGAAGGCCCUGUCAGAGGAGGAUCUGAAGAACGCCAUCAGCGUGCAUCACGCUCUGACCAUCAAGCCCGUGGACUAUGAGAAGAAGCCCAACGUUCUGAAGCUGAAGACCGCUGACUGGAGAGUUUUCCUCUUUCAGGCUCAGAGCCCUGAGGAAAUGGAGUCCUGGAUUAGAAUAAUCAACUCUGUGGCGGCCAUGUUUUCAGCCCCGUCAUUCCCCGCUGCCAUUGGCUCACAGAAAAAGUUCAGCCGCCCGCUGCUGCCGGCGACCACCACCCGAAUGUCUCAGGAAGAGCAGCUGAAGUCCCACGAGGCCAAGCUGAAGCACGUGUCCACAGAGAUAGCCGAGCACAGAUCCUAUCCUCCAGAUAAGAAGGUCAAAGCCAAAGAGAUCGACGAGUACCGCUUGAAAGAGCACUACCUGGAAUUCGAGGAGAGCCGUUACAAGAUGUACGUGAAGCUUCUGAAAGAGGGCGUGAAGGAGCUCCUGACGGCCAGAGACGGUGACGCCGCGCUGAAGAAAUCACAGUCCAGUCCUUCUCUCAACCAGGAGUCCCAGCCGGCCGCCGCCAAGGUCAAGCGCAACACGUCCGAACGCAAGGACUACAGGCCCGACGCACCCAAAGUCACAUAGACUGAAACCGGCCGUCACGCCAUCACCCGUGACUCUAUUCCCGUGUCGUUUCUGUUUAUCUGCCCGCCGCUGAAACAUUACACCGUGUCAACUGUAGAAAGCCAUGCGUGGAUUGGAGGGUGUAAAGCAGCCGGUGCUCGUGGAGAAUGUCGUGCAGAACGUCUUUGGCUUUUAUGUGUUCGUUGUGUAAAGAUUUGAUUUGAGAAUACCAUAUGUGUGCUUUAUCUCGGAGAGCUUCAGUGUAGUGCAAACAUUAGAUGCAGUCCCACUCUUAGCAUAGAAGUGUUCACCACACGAGGGCGUUUGGAUUGCAGUGCAUGAGUAGCAGUUUCAUUGUGAUGAACAGUAGAUUACUAACCCACUACUAACCAUCUGAAUCUAUAGCUCUAUACAUACUGACACACGCCUCACGUAUGAUACCAGCAUGUCACAGCAGUGGACAGAAACUACACACAGAUUUGAUCAUAAUGAGGAUGAGGAGGAUUUCCAGGUACGUCAGACUGCCAAAGCCAUCACACGCUCGGCGGUCUGUGCCAUUUCUUUUUCUAUCUGUUGGGUAUUCCUCGGCUUUUUCAGUAGUGGAAAUGCCCAAAUGCUCUUCUUUUCCUGUAUUUUGUAAUCUUCUUUGAACAUUAUUAUUGUUGUAAAGAUGACGGUAGUAUUUCUAGUGCACUUUAUGACUUUCUUCUUUGGAGUAUUUUAGAGAAAUAGCUUUCUAAAGGCUAGUGUUACGUUACGUCAUUGUAUAUGGCAGGGUUUUUGAAGCAUAACCAAAUGAUGUGGAUGUUAUUGAAGGUACAGAGCUGACGACGGCUCGACGUGUCGUGUUAGUUUGUCUCGUGUUUUUACUCUCAUGUUUAGGAUUUUAAAGUCGGUUUGGUACUUUUGCCUCUUGAUGCUGAAUAUCGCGUGACAUUUUUACACAGGUGUGUGUGUGUUUUUGUUUGUUUGCACACCGCCAUUACGUCCAGUUUCUGAACAUGUAUUAUAAACGAACAGCUGUUUAGACACAAUGGUUUAUUGAAUCCCUUUUGUUUACUUGAAAUAUUUCGAUGGACACUUUAUUUUUGUUAGCUUUGUUAUUUUGAGUUUUUCAGCUGUUCGACAGUGUGUUUCCUUCUUUUAAGCUCUUAUAACUUUAUUUCUCUUCUGUCUAGUCCUGAAGCCAAAAGCACUCGUGGCAUCUUUGAUGUAUUUUUGGCUUUUUUGAGCGGUAUGUUCACACACACACGCACGCACACAUUAAUACUAUGAUAUCAGUACGUAAGGUGAUGUUGAACGUGUUUUACGUUGUUUUCUGAGCACUAACCCUUUAACGGUGCACGUGGAACAGAGAAACACACGUUUCAUUGAUUCUCUUCAGCAGGACACAUGUUGUACCGUACGGAUGAUGACAUGUAAAUACACCAGAUAUCAUUCAUGAGAGGAACCAAGGUGAAGUUCAUGUUUGAACUGAGCUUGAUGGUGAACUCCUUGACUCAUUGUCAUGUGUGUGUGUUUAGUUUUUGCUGAUGUCCUCUGUAAUGCUGUUCUGUCAUGAAGGAGAGCAGAUGGGUUGUGAUGCGCCUCAGCCAUGGCUUUGGGUCCAAACUCAGACCUAGUGAAAUCUCUUUUCUAGCUGUGAUCCUGUAAUAUUCCCUUCAAUCUGUAAAUGCUGUUCAAUAUACCCGUGGCUGUGUUUUCAGAGGAUUGAAUCUGUUCAAUGAUCUGCUGGCACGAGUGUGUCUUACGUCUGCCUACAGAGAUCAGGAACACAGUGUUGGCUUCCGUGAAUAAAAUGCUGUAUUUAAUCGUC